AUGAAACUUGUAAAAAAUCUUGAGGUAACAGUUCCUUUCACUGAUUUAAUUUCUCAAGUUCCAUCAUACGCAAAGUUUCUAAAGGAUAUUCUUACAAAGAAACGAUCUUUUGGUGAGGUGCAGACAGUUGCUUUUACUGAAGAGUGUAGUGCUGUUUUACAAAAUAAGUCUCCACCUAAACUUAAAGAUCCUGGAAACUUUGUGGUUUUGGACAUGGAAGAUGAUAGUCAAAUUCCCAUUAUUUUGGGUAGGCCAUUUCUCUGUACAGGGGAUAAUAAAAGUACUUUUACACUAACAUCUGCUCUUAAGUCCCCUAUGCUUAAGAAUACUUGUUGCAUGAUUGAUGUUAUUGAUGCAAUCGUCCAAGAUGAACUACCACAGGUUCUACUAGAUGAUCCAUUGGAAGCAGUUCUUAUGCUUGAAGCUUCCGAAGGAGAAGGACAUGUUGAAAUUGAUUCACUGGUUCUUCAGCUUGAUGGUAAGGCAAAUUCGAGGGACUUUGAGCUUCUUGUUGUGUUGCGUAUGCAUAGGAAAGCUAUUGGGUAUAGUAUUGAUGAUCUUAAGGGAAUUAGACCAGAUUUUUGCAUGCAUAGAAUUAAUCUUGAUGAGGAUCAUAAGCCUUGCAUACAGGGACAACGUCUCUUGAUCCCGAACAUGCAAGAGGUAGUUAAAAAGAGGGUGAUAAAACCACUUGAUGUGGCCAUCAUCUACCCAAUUUCUGAUUCUAAACGGGUUGAUAGAGCAAAAAUUGAAGUGAUCGAGAAACUUCCUCCUCUUGUUAAUGUUAAGGGAGUUAGGAGUUUCUUGGGUCAUGCGGGGAUUAAGCAUGCUUUGAUAAGUGUACCAAUCAUACAACCUCCAGAUUGGAAUCUUCCAUUUGAAAUCAUGUGUGAUGCAAGUGAUUAUGCUAUUGGAGCUGUUCUUGGUCAACGGAAAGAUACGGUUUUGCACGCAAUUUACUAUGCAAGUAAAACCUUGGAUGGAGCUCAGGAAUUUGACUUGGAAAUCAUUGAUAAGAAGGGUGAUGAGAAUUUGGUUGCAGACCAUCUUUCACGAUUGCGGUUCAAAUCUGAUGUUGCUCCUGACAUUCCUAUUGAUGAUUCCUUCCCUGAUGACCACUUAUUUGCUAUUGCCGCAAACACCCCAUGGUAUGCAGACUUUGUAAAUUUUUGUGUGAGUGGCUCCCAUCCUCCAGAUUUGACUUAUCAACAACGAAAGAGGUUUUUUCAUGAUGCUAAACAAUACUUUUGGGAUGACCCUUUCUUGUAUCGGAAGUGUGCGGAUGGAGUCUUUCGUAAAUGUGUCCCCGAGGGUGAAGUAAACGACAUUAUCUGA